AUGGCCACAUCAAUGGAAGAUGUUUUGUUACAAGUACCUCAAGUACGGUAUAAAAAAGGCGACGGGUCGCUUUUCUUAAUGGACCAAAGACUUAUUUGGAUGGUCGAAAAUAAAGACACUGUAGUUGUUUCUCAUCCCUACGCGGAUAUAAAAUCUCAAAAAAUCUCUCCUGAAGGGAAAGCCAAAGUUCAAUUACAAGUAGUUCUUCACAAUGGUGUUUCUUCAACAUUUCAUUUUACUAAUAAGUCUGGGAUGCCUGCCCAGUUGGCAGAUAGAGAUAAAAUUAAAGAAAUGUUACAAUCUUUACUACCAAAAUUUAAAAGAAAAGUAGAUAGAGAAUUAGAAGAAAAAAAUAAGUUACUCUCAACUAACCCUGCCUUACUCCAAUUGUACAAAGACUUAGUAAUGACUGAAGUUGUAACUUCUGAGGAAUUUUGGUCUCAGCAUGCACAGCAAUAUACUCAGAAGCAGAAGCAACAACCCCAAGAUAUUGGUGUUUCUGGAGCAUUUUUAGCAGAUAUAAAACCACAGACAGACGGUUGUAAUGGCCUUAAAUAUAACAUUACCCCCGAUAUUAUAGAAUGUAUAUUUAAAACAUAUCCUGCUGUAAAGAAAAAGUAUAUAGACAAUGUCCCUGCCAAACUUAGCGAAUCUCAAUUUUGGACAAAAUUUUUUCAAUCACAUUAUUUUCAUAGAGAUAGGAAAUAUGCAGAAAGCAAAGAUAUUUUUACCGAAUGCGGAAAGUUAGACGACCAAGAAAUGAAAAAAGAUAUUCAAACUGGAGUUAAAGAUCCCCUAAUCAAUAUAACAGAAUUUGAAGACAAAACGAUAGAUGAAGGAUAUGGUUUAGCUUCCGAAAAACCUGCCAAUAGCACUGGAACAGUAAGUCAAGCAAUGAUCAAAAGGUUUAAUCAACACUCUAUAAUGGUACUAAAAUCGUCCAAAAAUGCAGUAAAUGAUAAUUUACAACAGAACGGAGCAGACAAGAGUACAAUAAACGCCAAUGGUGUAAAUGUCAAUGGACAGACAUGUAGCGAUGGUCCAAUAAACAAAAGGCAGAGGCUUUUAGAAAAAAUAACAUACGAUGAUUUACAAGAUACUGAUAAUAAUAGUAAUACAAAAAGUGUUCAAUUAAAUUUAUCAAAAGUCGAAAGAUAUUUACACGGUCCCAUGCCUGACUCUUCCACCGAUUAUUUAAAUCCAAACGAAGCUGCUUCAGUAUUAAGGGGAGUCAUUCAAGAAACGAGGCAAUGGGGAGGGAGGCAUGCGGCGACUUCGCUAGUAACACCUGCAGCUGCCGUCGCAGCUUUAGGGGAACUAUCACCAGGGGGUGCACUAAUGAGGGGAUUCCAAGAACAAUCGUUGGCUCAAUUGGUACCACCUGAUAUAGAAAAGGAAGUUCGAAAUUUAUAUUUGGCCCUCUGUGAACUACUAAAACACUUUUGGAAGUGUUUCCCUCCGACAACUCCGAACACAGAAGCAAAACUAAUCAAAAUGCACGAAGCGUUAAAUAGGUUUCAUACGGCAAAGUUAAAACCCUUUGAAGAUAAGCUGAUCCGGGAGUUAUCUCCUCUGUCACAUCACCUCACCAAACACCUGAACCAAUUGCUGAAUGCAGCAUAUCAAAAAUUCAAUAACUGGCAAAAGAUCAAAGUGCGUUAG